ACCCUUUAAAAUGUUUAUCACACCUUCCCUUUCAGUUUUCUGAUUACAAUGGACCUCAAAGACAAGACUGCCUUUGUCACUGGCGGGGCUAUGGGGAUAGGACAGGAAUAUGUCAGGUCUCUCCUCUCCCAAGGAGUUAAAGUGGUGUUUGGUGAUAUAAACGCGAAAGCAGGAGAGACGACUGCGAAAAGAUUCGGCCAGGAGUUUGGGGAGGACAGCGUCAAAUUUAUUCCCCUGGAUGUCACAAAUCAGGAUCAGUACCAAAUUGUCUUCCAGACUGCGGUAGAACAUCUAGGCUGUGUGGACAUCAUGAUCAACAACGCCGGCAUAUUGAACGAGGGAGCAGGCUGGCAACGGGUUGUCGAUAUUAACCUGACCGCCAUGAUCUUUGGCACAAAGCUAGCGAUUGGUCACAUGAGGAAGGACAGGGGAGGGAAGGGAGGCCGGAUCAUAAGCACGUUGUCUGUUUUAGGUUUGGAGCAGUCAUUCUCGUCGCCUGUCUACUCGGGGACAAAACACGGACUGAGGGCGUACCUAACUAGUAUGGCUCAAGACCCAACCCGUCCAGAUCAAGGAAUCCAAUACGCAAUGAUUGCCCCAGAUGUCGUGAAUACUCAAAUGGUUCAAGGGAUAGACAACAGUACAGUCAACGGCUGGGAUCAGAUCAAAGGAUUUGUGAUGAAUAGACGUAUGAGUCCCCGGACAAUUGGAGAAGCACUCAUCCACUUACUCAGUCUUGACGUCAUCAACGGCGCCAUCUUGCACGUGGACGCCAAGGGGAGAACUUUCCGACACAUUGAAUGUGUGAAUGAUGGCCUCACCUUUGACCCCAGCAAAACAUACAGCAUCGCCUAUGACUUCAAAAAGAAUUAACUCACUGCUACUGCAUGUAUAAAUCUCAUGACAUGAUAGGAUUUAAAAUUUGAUUAUCAAGCUACUUUUUGAGGUACAAUACCUUUGAAUUUGCGGAGAAAAAAUACCGUUUACUAAUAUACUAUUAUGAUGCUCAAUUCUUGCGAUUAUAGAAGGAAAAUGACAAGUUACCAUUUAAUAACUUUUUUGAGCUUUCGGCUUAGCGAACAAAAUAUCGAAUAUCAUUACAUAUAUAGUAGGCGUAUUCAUAACUUAGUUGAGACGUCGAAUUACUUUCACAUAAAUAGUAGGCUUACUUGUGAUUUAACGGAGAAAAGUCGAAUUGCCAUUACAUUUACGGCAGGUCCAUUUAUGAAAAUGCAGAGAAAUGUUAAAUUACCUUUACAUGUAUAACAGGCGUAGUGGAGAAAUGUCGGAUUACUAUUCAAUGUAUAACUGGCUUACUUAUGACUUAGUGGAGAAAUAUCGAAUAACCGUCUUUAUAUUAUAAUGUUUCUGACGUAGAGUAGACAUAAUGCGCAAUUGCACUUAUGAUCAUCACCCAAAUCAAGUGACAGAUCUGCAACAGACAUUGGCGAUCAUAGUUCUCUAUUUAUUCCUAUGCUUGGAUGCUCUCAUAAAAGCUACACUAUCCUGAUUUUUAUCCCUGUCAACCCAUCAGUUUUGGCACUCCAAGAAAGUUGCUCUGGGUCUAUCCCUGCCUCGUUUGCCUUCACCAGAUGUUCAAGGCCUUUAUGUCUAUUCAAGUGCCUCAGAAACUGCGAUUGUCUUUUUCUGAUUAUUUUUAUCAACGAGCGUCCCACAUGGACGUCUUCAAGUACUAAAACUAUUUCUGUUGCUUCUAUUUUUCUUUUUACUGUCUUUAGAAUCUAGUGAUUGUCCAGCAUUCACAGCCGUGUAGAAGGGUUGACCACAUAGCAUUUCAGAUCUUCCAGUUUGGUAGUCAUUAAUAUGUUUCUAAUUUUCAGGAUUGGGCUUAUGACCGAGAGAAGAAAAGCUAAGAGAAAUAACGCUUGUGGUGUAGAGAGAAAAGGAAUGAUAUAACACUUUUUACUGACAGUUCUUCUUCUUCUUCUUCUUCUUCUUCUUCUUCUUCUUCUUCUUCUUCU